AUGCGAUCGAGGAUGUCGUUGGGUGCACGAGAGUCCGGUGAGAGGCGAAUGCGGGCUUAUCGCUCGCUCGGUGACUCGCGGGGCUCAUUGCGUCUUCCGCGCUCGGCCGCCUGCUCGACUCUUCGAAGCUCCUCGUGGUGGCCUCGAGGUCGUCGAACGCGGGAGAUGAAGGGUUCGAACGUGGAGUUGGUCGACGGCGACGUCGUUCGAGUCUCUUUCUGUUGUUACGAUCGGAUGACCACCGUCAAGAGGGCGAGGACCUUGAGGAACCUGGGAUGGAUUUUCCUCCUGCUCGCGGUCGCGGUCGCCGGGCUCAUGGUCGCCCACGAGCGGAAGCUGGAGGCCGGGAUGAGUCCGAGGUGCUGGGAGAGCGACGAGUGGGACAAGUGGGGACCCGAUUGCAUCGGCGUCUUCGAUCUUCUCCUCCUCGUCUGGUUGGUCGCGUCGUGCGUUCUACUCGUCGCCGUAGGCAUUUGGCUUGCCCAGGUGCACCAAGUGGCCUUGAAUGAGGAGACACUCAGGAAAGCGAGAACGAUGGCUCGGCCGGAUCUAUGUAGCGCUCCCCGCUUCCGACCGCCGGGGUAUGGAUUUGGUAACAGUCAGCCGGAUGGAUUCGGUAGCAGUCGGCCGUGGCAUCCUCAGCCGAGCCCACAACGAGUGGGGACUUACUGA